AUUUCUCCAUUUAUUUCUCUCUUGAUCUGAUUCCAAAACAUUCUAUAUUCUUCAUUUCAGUUUCUUCGCAAAUCCUUUAAAUUGCAACGUUUUUUUUUUCCGGUUUAUUGAAGAAAUAAAUAUCAAAACAUUUGUGGAUGACAAUUGACAAAAGAGUUAAAACUUAUUGAAGAAGAAGUUGUCAAAACACUUGUAGAUGACGAAUGCUUUAUCUGAGUGUGACGUUGUGAUUGUUUGAUGGGCAAUACAUGCCGUGGAUCUAUAGGAGGAAAAACAUUUACGGGCUAUAAUCAGCCUGAAGAUAGUUUAAACUCCAAUCUCAACCCUUCAUCUGGCAAUUCAUAUUCUUCAUCAGACAAUUAUUCUCCCAAAAAGGAAACUUCACUUUCCCUUGUUAGUCCUAGAAAAGCCAGCAUGAAUCGUUCAGGAAGUAAUCAGGCUUAUUAUGUAAUGGGACAUAAGACCCCUAACAUUCGUGAUCUUUACACUUUGGGACGUAAGUUAGGACAAGGACAGUUUGGUACCACUUAUUUAUGCACUGAGAAUUCUACAGGUGCUGAGUAUGCUUGUAAAUCUAUUUCGAAGAGAAAGUUGAUUUCAAAAGAGGAUGUUGAGGAUGUUAGAAGGGAAAUUCAGAUAAUGCAUCAUUUGUCUGGUCAUAAGAAUAUUGUUACCAUUAAGGGAGCUUAUGAGGAUCCUUUAUAUGUUCAUAUUGUUAUGGAGAUAUGUGGUGGUGGUGAAUUGUUUGAUCGUAUUAUUCAACGAGGUCAUUAUAGUGAGAGAAAAGCAGCUGAAUUGACUAAAAUUAUUGUUGGGGUUGUUGAGGCGUGUCAUUCACUUGGCGUUAUGCAUAGAGAUUUAAAACCUGAGAAUUUCCUGUUGGUUAAUAAGGAUGAUGAUUUCUCUCUUAAGGCCAUCGAUUUUGGACUCUCUGUUUUCUUUAAGCCAGGCCAAAUAUUCACAGAUGUUGUUGGUAGUCCAUAUUAUGUCGCUCCUGAGGUGCUUUUGAAGCAUUAUGGUCCCCAAGCAGAUGUGUGGACAGCAGGAGUCAUACUCUACAUACUGCUAAGUGGUGUGCCACCAUUUUGGGCAGAAACGCAGCAGGGCAUAUUUGAUGCAGUUCUGAAAGGGCACAUUGAUUUUGACUCAGACCCUUGGCCGUUGAUAUCUGAGAGUGCAAAAGAUCUUAUCCGGAAGAUGUUGUGCAUGCAGCCCUCAGAGCGGUUAACUGCUCAUGAAGUAUUGUGCCACCCUUGGAUCUGCGAAAAUGGUGUCGCUCCUGAUAGAGCACUGGAUCCUGCAGUACUUUCUCGCCUAAAACAGUUCUCUGCUAUGAACAAGUUAAAAAAGAUGGCUUUGCGGGUGAUUGCUGAAAGCUUGUCUGAAGAAGAGAUCGCUGGUCUGAGAGAGAUGUUUAAGGCCAUGGAUACUGAUAGUAGUGGUGCAAUUACAUUUGAUGAACUAAAAGCAGGGUUGAGAAAAUAUGGCUCUACGUUAAAGGAUACGGAGAUACGGGAACUUAUGGAUGCAGCUGAUGUGGACAAUAGUGGAACUAUUGACUAUGGAGAAUUCAUUGCGGCAACCGUUCAUCUUAAUAAAUUGGAGCGCGAGGAACAUCUCAUGGCAGCAUUUCAAUAUUUUGACAAAGAUGGAAGUGGUUAUAUAACGGUUGAUGAGGUCCAGCAAGCUUGUGUAGAGCAUAACAUGACAGAUGUUUACUUUGAGGAUAUUAUAAGAGAAGUCGAUCAGGAUAAUGAUGGACGAAUUGAUUAUGGAGAAUUUGUUGCUAUGAUGCAAAAAGGGAAUCCAUGUGUAGGGAGACGAACAAUGCGAAAUAGUCUAAAUUUGAGCAUGAGAGAUGCACCGGGAGCUCAUUAGCUUCUCAGACGGACACAUCUCUAGUAGUGGUCCAUGUUGUGGUUGUUUUGUUUCUUCUGUCAGCCUUGCACCUCCUUUGAGUAAUACUUGAGUUGCAACAUCAAGGUUUGAUAUAGGAGUUACUAGGGCCAAAGUCUGCCAGCUAUCCUGUUUGGUUAUUCACUAUAUUGUAGUGGAAAACUACGAAGAAAGUUUGAUUGAACCUUAAAAGUUCAGUGAGGUGUAUGUUUUAAUCUGAUGGGCUUCUUAAUUACGUGAUUAUAAUGUUGUCAGUAUCCCAAUUUGGACAUUUGACUGAAGUGACCAUGAUCUGAUCAGUAUUGUUAGACCUAUGGUUUUGUUUAGUUGACUUGAAACGAUGACAAUGUGGAGCUCAUAAUUGGACUGGGAAAGGAAGAGGUUUGGGAAGUAGGUCGGAAAUCAGUUAGUGAGGAGAGUCUUCUGGGCUGUAUCUAAGCUAAUAUGUUUCAUUUUAAAGUUGGAGAACAAAAUUGCACGGUUCAGACCAAGGAUCAUGCAAUAUGAGAAUGCAUCAACAAAAGGAAGAUACAGUGAAGAUGGGACUAUAGGCCUGAGACUGGCUUGUUUUCAUCUUAGGCUGUAUUCACCGCCCUCUUGCCAAAAAAGAAAAGUCUAUUGGUUUUUCUCCCAGUAGAGGAUUAUUUGAAAUAUAACAUCCUGCAUCAUCCAGAUUUGCAACUUAACAUGCUUGGUGGAGCAUUCAUGAGACCAGGAGGUAUGAGUGAGAAUUUGAGAGUAAAACCCAUGUGGUUCUAGGUUUCUACAGAAUAUAUAUUAGUGAGGCAUCACAAAACUUGGUGGUUUGGUGAACAGUUUUGUUUGAUCUUGAAGAUCUGCUCAUGAAUAUGCUCCGAAACGUAUGAUGGCAUGAAUUAGUUGCAUGUUGUAAAUUGAUUUUGAUGUAAUUCUUAAGGUCCUUUGAUGGCUUCAUUGGAACAAAUAGGAAAACAGUUGGAUCAUAUAGUUGUAAAGAAAAGGCUAUAGAUGCAGCAACAAUCAUACUUUUUGGUUUUGGGUCCGGACAGAGGGAGAGCGUGGGGUUAAGUCGAGCUAACAGGGGACGUAUCUCUUUACUAUGGUUCGUGCAGGGAAAGAGAGUUGGGAAGUAGAUUUAUGAAUUCAGUAGAAAUUCAUGCUUUCCUUGUAAGUGGAUGCAGCAAAUUGGUGUUUUGAGAUGU